GAGAGGAAAGUAUCUGCUCCGCUGAGGGGGGAAAGAAGAAGCUGGAGACAGAUUGUGGGAUCGAGCGCGGGCGGGCGGGAGGCGCCGGAGCUACCAGCGGCUCCGCUCUGCUGUAUGAAAUAUGGGAGACGACAGACCGUUUGUGUGCAAUGCCCCGGGCUGUGGACAGAGAUUUACAAAUGAGGACCACCUGGCAGUUCAUAAACACAAGCAUGAGAUGACAUUGAAAUUUGGCCCAGCCCGAACUGACUCAGUCAUCAUCGCAGAUCAAACUCCUACCCCAACUAGAUUCCUGAAGAACUGUGAGGAAGUGGGGCUCUUCAAUGAACUGGCUAGCUCCUUUGAACAUGAAUUCAAGAAGGCUACAGAUGAAGAGGAUAAAAAGGCUGCUGCUGGGCCCCUUGAUAUGUCUCUACCUUCCACACCAGACAUCAAAAUCAAAGAGGAAGAGCCAGUAGAGGUAGACUCAUCCCCACCUGACAGCCCUGCCUCCGGCCCCUGCUCUCCCCCACUCAAGGAGAAGGAAGUUGCCCCAAAGCCUCUUGUGAUCUCUACCCCUACGCCCACCAUCGUACGCCCUGGGUCCCUGCCUCUCCACUUGGGCUACGAUCCACUUCACCCGACCCUUCCCUCCCCGACUUCCGUCAUCACACAGGCGCCACCAUCCAACAGACAGCUUGGGUCUCCCACUGGCUCCCUCCCUCUCGUCAUGCAUCUUGCUAAUGGACAGACCAUGCCUGUGCUGACAGGGCCUCCGGUACAGAUGCCUUCUGUUAUAUCGCUGGCCAGACCUGUGUCUCUGGUACCCAACAUUCCUGGUAUCCCUGGCCCACCAGUUAACAGCAGUGGCUCCAUUUCUCCCUCUGGCCACCCUGUGCCAUCAGAAGCCAAGAUGAGACUUAAGGCUACCCUAACCCAACAGGCCUCCUCAGUCAAUGGCGGCUGUGGGAUGGUGGUCGGCACUGCCAGCACCUUGGUGACGGCACGCCCGGAGCAGAGUCAGAUCCUCGUCCAGCACCCUGAUGCCCCGUCCCCUGCCCAGCCACAGGUGUCCCCAGCCCAGCCCACGCCUAGCACCGGAGGGCGAAGGCGGCGCACGGUGGAUGAAGACCCAGAUGAGCGGCGUCAGCGCUUUCUGGAGCGUAACCGGGCUGCGGCGUCCCGCUGCCGUCAGAAGCGGAAGCUCUGGGUGUCCUCCCUGGAGAAAAAGGCAGAGGAGCUCACAUCUCAGAACAUUCAGCUGAGUAAUGAAGUCACGUUACUACGCAAUGAGGUGGCUCAGUUGAAACAGCUUUUGUUAGCUCAUAAAGACUGUCCAGUUACUGCACUACAGAAAAAGACCCAAGGCUACCUAGAAAGCCCCAAGGAAAGCUCAGAGCCGACGGGCUCUCCAGCCCCUGUGAUUCAGCACAGCUCGGCAACAGCCCCUAGCAAUGGCCUCAGCGUUCGCUCUGCAGCUGAAGCUGUGGCCACCUCAGUCCUCACUCAAAUGGCCAGCCAAAGGACAGAACUGAGCAUGCCAAUACAGUCGCAUGUGAUCAUGACCCCACAGUCCCAGUCUGCGGGCAGAUGAUGCCUCCCCCGGUGGAGAGGUCCCCAGCCAGCGCUCGCCCUCCGGGAGCCGAGAAAGAUGCCAUCUAAUCCCUCCCCUGCCUUGGACGUGGCAGUGUGGGGAGUGUGUGUUGUGAGUAACGGACAGGUGUGAGGCCUUCCGGCCUCAGGACAUGUGUGUUGACAUCUGUACUAGGAGCCUCCCAGCCCCAGAGCCACGUAGAACAAUCCCCAGGUGGGGGUUGCUGACACACCCACAGCCAAAGGGCUUUCCGGAUGGUCUGAACGGCCCCGCCACGCACGUGCUCCUGCCUCUUAACACUAACCCUGCACUCUGAGCUUCGGGACUCAGUUCCCUCUCUCCUCACUAAGCCGUGGCUAGUACCAUGUUUCUUACCAGCACGCCACUUCCUGCUAGUAGGAGGAGGCGCAGUCGAUGGCGUGUCACCCCGUGAGCUCAGGACUUUGUCUCCCAGUAGCUGCUUAUCCUGUCGGCGCAUUCACUUGUGGAGAACGCACGGUCACGUGUGAAGCACGGUUGCCCGGCUCUCCCAUGUCCUUUCUCCUCACCUGCCACCGAAACAAAAACGGCAAAAAGAAACAAAACCCCAGGA